AUGCCGCCUCCGGAGCCUGCGGAGCCCAUGCCCGGCUACGGGGAGCUGCUCCGCCGAGCCUACGGCAGCCUGGCCGAGGCCGCCCGCGGCUGCGAGGAUUGCGGCUGGGAGCUGGCUCGCCGUACCUGGGCGGAGAACGCGCACCUGGGCUGGGCGGAGGUGCUGCUGUGCGGGAUCUGCGCGCUGGGCUGGACCGCGCUGCGCCGCGCCUGCUGCCGCCGCCUCUUUCGGCCCUUUGGGGAAUGGUGCAACCUGCAGCCCAGAGAUGCUGCCAAGAUGCCCGAGAGUGCCUGGAAGUUGCUUUUCUACUCCUUGUCGUGGUCCUACGGCGCCUACCUGCUCUUCGGCACCGACUACCCCUUCUUCCACGACCCCCCCUCCGUCUUCUACGGCUGGCGGCGGGGCAUGGCGGUGCCCGCAGACAUCGCUCUGGCCUACCUGCUGCAGGGCAGCUUCUACGGCCACUCUCUGUACGCGGCCGCCUACAUGGACACGUGGCGCCGCGACUCGCCCGUCAUGCUGCUGCACCACGCCGUCACCCUGACCCUGCUGGCCGCCUCCUACGCCUUCCGGUACCACAACGUGGGGAUCCUGGUGCUGUUCCUGCACGAUGUCAAUGAUGUCCAGCUCGAGUUCACCAAGCUCAACGUUUACUUCAAACACCGCGGGGGCGCCUACCACCGCCUCAACGACGUGGUGUCCAACAUCGGCUGCCUGGCCUUCAGCCUCAGCUGGUUCUGGUUCCGUCUCUAUUGGUUUCCCCUGAAGGUUCUGUAUGCCACGUGCCACUGCAGCCUGCAGGCCGUGCCCAACAUCCCCUUCUACUUCUUCUUCAACGGCCUGCUGCUCGUGCUCACCCUCAUGAACAUCUACUGGUUCCUGUACAUCGUGCUCUUCGUGGCCAAGGUGCUGCUGGGGCAGAUGCAGGAGGUGAACGAUGUCCGGGAAUACGACGUGGAGGAGAGCAGGAAAAAUCCCGGGAAGGAGCCGGGGAUCGCAGUGCCCCGGGCUCUGAAGGAGGGGCUGCACCUCAAGAACGGCCUCGUGAAGGACAAGAGGCUGUGAGAGCUGCCAGGACCUGGCAGUGCCCAGGAGCCCGCACAG